AUGACAAAUAAAAGAGCAAAUAGUCAAAAACAAAAACAAAAUCAACAGAGAAAUGCAAAAAAGGCGAAUGUAAACAAACCCCCACCCACUACAUACGAACAAAGAGGGCAAAGUGCGAAAGAAAAAGUACAUACAGACACAAUGAAUAGUGGUAGUGCAAAACACAAAGAUAACUCGAGAGACAUGAACCCAAAUGCUGAGUGUUUUCAAAUAAAUGCAGCCUUACAAAAUUCAAUGACUACAAAUUACGGACAACAAACGAGUGACAAUGCUACAUAUAUUACAUCAAACUCCCUCCAACAAGCCAGAGAGACACUUUAUUUCCAGCCUUUACCCUAUCAACCCAAUAGAAAUGACCAAACUCAUUCUGAAAUGAACCAGAGUCCAAAUCAGUAUUAUCAGAUGAGACCAAUGCAAAGCAAUGUUUCAAUUGACAGAGUAACAAUGAAUGAUACUACAGGAGCCCAAAACACAAAUGCAAACAUGUCCCAAGAAAACCAAGUGAAUCAGAACAGUGCAACACAGAACAAGACAUCUGAUGAUACACCACAAUGGGUAAAAACAAUGAUGAGUGAAAUGAACAAUCAAUUUAAAAUGAUACAUUUCCAAUUUGAAACUCAAAACCAAAAAUGGAAAUCAAUGGAAGAAAAUAUGCAGAGACAAAAUAAUAAAAUAACAAAUAUUGAACACAAAAUGCAACACUUUGAAAGUUUAGAUUCAAGUGUAAAAUCAAUGAAAAUCCAAAUAAAUUCUAUGGACUCUUCAAUCAAAGGCAAUCAAAAGAAAGUGGAAGAGAUGGAGGCAUCAGUAAAGUUCACUGAUAUUAUCUGUGAAAACAUAAAUAAGAACAAUGAAUCAACACAACAAGACAUAGAGUACCUCACAAAAGAGCUACAUGAACUGAAAAGUGAAAUUUCAAACAUGAAUAAAAAACAAUAUGAUCAAAAUGAGAAAAUACUUGACAUUCAGACAAGAAGUAUGAGUCAUAAUCUCAUAUUCAUGGGGAUAGAAGAACCAGCCUUACAGGAAGGAGAGCAUGAAACAACAGAACAAACUUUAACAGAUUUCCUGGAUGAACACAUGGGUAUUAAGAGAUAUUUUGAUUUUCAUGCUGUACACAGGAUUGGAGACAAAAGACAAGAUCAAGAAAAUCCAAGACCAAUAAUAGCAAAUUUUGUGAACAAGAAAGAUAAAGAGAGAGUGAAAUAUUCAGGUAAUGUGCUGAAAGGUAAAAAGUUCAGUGUAGUUGAGCAAUUCCCCAAAGAAAUAGAGGAUAGAAGGAAAAAAUUAUAUCCAGUCAUGAGAAAAGCAAAAGAAGAUAAACAGAACAAAGUGAGACUUGUAAAAGAUAGGCUAUACAUAAACAAUGUCCAAUAUGAACCUACAGAAUCAGAUGAAAUAGAGUCAAGGCAUCAAUUUGAUCAAAAUAAAGCACAUGUGAGAAAAAACUGGAGAAAUGAGGAAAGAUAUAGUGCACCAAGACAAAGAAUAUAUGAGUAUGAUCAUUACAGAGGAUCAAAAACCUACUAUCAAACCAAGAGAAAGGAAAGUACACAAAAUGCCACACCCAUACCAAGCUUUGAAACACCAAACAGGUUUGGAACACUGUCAUUCACAAAUGAUAGUGAAUGGCCACCAAUAAAUGUUAAUAGAGAAAAGAAGAAGGCUACAUCACCAUUAGACAGAGAAAUCUUAACAAAAAAGCAAAAAGAAAAUAGUGAAAAGUCAAAUUCAGAUAGUGAAAGUGAAAAGAGUGUCAUAGAUGUUGAUUCACAAGAUAAAAAUGUACCUGAUCAUGCAUCAGGUUUUCUAGAUCAUGACAGUCAAGGAAGCAAAGAUGAACACAAUACCAAUAGAAACAGCACAAGAACAGAAGAAAUAGAUACCAGAGAGACUCAGCAAAGAGACAGCAGUGAUACAACAGAAUCUCUACAGAAUAUAAAUGGCAAUCAAUAG